AUGUUCUGUUGAUAACUAGUGACCCGGAUACACGACGCACCUAGAUUAGACAGGUGACAGUUGAACAGCGGCUUAAUAAUGGGGCUCUCUUUCCCAGCACUCCUGGUCCUGUUGGUCAGUGUGACCAGCAGCAGCAGCUCUUACCCACGACCAUUACAACCUGAAGAAACAACUGAUCACUUCCUAGCUGGGGCCCUACUCAGUUACUCUGUCAACCUGACUGGCUGCAAGGUGGUGUCCCAGACAUCCCCUCCCAUCAAGACCAACGACUUUGGAGACGACAUCAGACACGGCCGCUACGUCAUGUACGGCCCCCUUAACAACCUCACGUUCUGGAGACAGCGUUUUGUGGAUGACAAACACGCCACAAGAAGUGGCCCCACGUCCCGCCUCACUGGCAUCCAGAUGGACGCCACUGGCUACGCUUACGUCUACAUACACGACUAUGACCCGAAGACGUUGACCAGAUUGGCUUAUCUACACAUGGAGUGUUGGGCCAUGACAGGGUUUACUCCAAUUGCUCAAACGCCUAAAGGAAAACAAUUACCCUUUGAUGACAUCAAAGCAGAGUUGCUGAAGGGAUCUCUGCUCUCGUACAGCAUCUACACCACAUAUUGCGAACCCAGGCCCAAGAACUAUACCCACCUAUAUGUGGAUGCUGGGCCUAUUGAUGAGUAUCGACUGGACCAGGACGGCAGCGUCGUUUUCACCUACCGGGUUGUGGACAGUGACUUAUCAAUGGAUAUCAUAACAAUCAAGAUGACAUCAUCAGAUGAUAUCACCUUAGAGAAAUACACGUAUUCACAAGUAAAGGGGAAUCCGAGUCAGUUAGUUACAAAAACUUGCAAGUACACAAUAGGAACAUUUGGUUUUGGUGUGUAUAAAAUAACGUCCCCACAAACUUGAUACAGGAAACGAUAUGUAUGAGAUUCCACAGUGUUGAAUAAAACACUCUGUAAAUGA